UCAUCAAUAAUAAGAGAUUUUGAUGGAGUUAAUUAAAUAGGUUGCCUUGAAGGUAUUAGGCGCUCUGAAUUUAUAAUAUUUAAUCUAAUGAUCCCCAAUGGAGAAGAUCUGAAGGACGACUCCUCUGCAGCUCCACCAGGACAGCAGCUCCGGCUCACACUAUAAACACUGUUGGAGAUCUCUCAGCGAUGGCGAUCAACACUGAUGCCGCCUUUGGGAAGAGCGCCCUUGGCGAGAGGGAAGUGUCCAACCCCACCGACUUCCAGGACACGGAGAAACUAUUGAGCGUCGCCGCCACGGAGCGCAGCGGGCAGAGCAACAUCAAGCCGUCCGACUCCUCCCUCAACAUCCGAGGCAGCGUCCGGUCCCUGGACGCGGACCAGAACGGGCACAGGUCUCCGAUGAAGUCAGGCUCCAUCGGGCAGCUGGCGACCCCACCCAAGUCCCUGUCCCGCCUCAGCUUGGGCCCGCUGCCCUCCCCGGUCCCGCCCGGAGCCGCCCCGAGCUACCUCUGGCUCGCCGUGCUAUCCUGCUUCUGCCCCGCCGUGCCGCUCAACAUAUGUGCCUUGUGGUAUGCACAUGUGUCGAGGUCUGUCCUCCAUACAGGAGAUAUUGCAGGAGCGAAGAAGUAUGGGCGUCUGUCUAUGCUGCUCAGCUGUCUGGCAAUACUGCUGGGUGUGGCUGUCAUCCUCUUCAUAGUGUUUACAUUAGAGAUCCAGAAGGGGGAUGGAAAAUAACUUCAUCUAAUGUCAAAUUUGCACAGAAGAGAACAAGAAGAAGAAGAAGAGGUGGAGGCUGGAGGGGUUUGAAUAUGGAAAAAGCACAAAAUCUGAACAAGCUAAACAGACCCUAAUUAUUGCUUUUUCUGCUACGGACGAUAAAGUAAGAAAAAAAAAAGUUGCAGGUCGUUUCUCUUUUUUCCGGCAAACUCUCCAAUGUCCAAUAAACCACAAACUCAGGAACAAAGGAAGGAAGAUGAAGUAGUGUCGGAUCGUCAGAUUCUGAGGGGGAAAGUUUGGACUAGUGGUGUACUGAGGAACAAAUUGGACGGCUCUGCAUUUUGUUUCAUCAUCAUCAAAAAAGCCCAUAAAAAAUAAUAUUAGUACACGAUGUAAAGAUAAAUAAAUGCACCCUGUUGCAGCACUCAAUUUGGACGUUGUCAGGGGACUGAUGGCGUCAUCAGCGGGUAUAAUCCCAGAAGAACGGGCGAGUGUUCUACCAGGUGCAGAAGGUUGUUUUCAGCUCAUUCAAUGGGCUGCUAUAUGAAUGUGUGUAUUUAGCCACGUCCUCCAGCAGCUGUAUUAGUGACACCAAGGUGGAAGGGACAUUACGAGUGUGAAAGUGAAGUGGGAAUUGAAGGACACAGCGCAUAAAGAACAGGGGUGUGACCAUACACUCAGCUCACGAGACGAGACACGAUGUUGGGUUCACGAGAACAAGACCAGACGAGAUUUUAAGAAAACUACAAUGACACAAUAUAUGACUGGACCAACAGACUUUUAUUUAACCGAGUUGCACAUGCAUUUUGAAAUUAUUAUAUUAUUAUUAUUAUUAUUAUUAUAUUAUGCAAUUAUUAUAACUCUUUACAUGCAUGAUGUAAGCAUGAGCUUUAAUAAACUGCUUCUUCCACAAAUUGAAACUAAAACUAAAAUUUAUAAAAGUUAAAAUGAAAUAAAUAAAAUUAAAUAUUUCUUCUUUUUUUUUUUAAGUGCAAACAAUAUGAGCCGUGUUUCCUUUCGGGUAAAGAGUGACCACCCGGAAAGUAACCCUCUCAAAUGUCCGCUCACUCUGAGUGUCUCCAUUACAAAAAGGCCCCCAGACGGAUUUAAAGACUCCGGAGGUGACAUAUGGUUUUCCAUCGUUGCGUAAUUGAUUAGCAACAGUUUUCGACCGUGAUCACAUACGCGAUGGAUUAAACACGGAGAAGCAACUGUGGCCGCCGUCGCUAACUGUACACAACAUCAGCAGCUGAUCAUAAACAAACAGCAUGGCUAAUUAUGCACAGCGUCUCCGCUGAUCAUAAACAUAGCGAUCUUGAAUUAACAGCAUCGCUAACUGUGCACAGAGUGUUCGGUGCUUGUUGUAAAGAAACAGAGAUCACUAAGUGAACACCUCCUGCAGCAGCAGCACAUACACACUGUACUGCUACAGAGCUAACUGUUAGCCUAUUAGCAGGACUGUACCGCUUCAAUUUGUUCUUACUCUUCUUAACGAGCUGCCGACCCCUGCAACGUCAUUCUGGCUGCUUGCUGCUUCCCCUCCUUCUCCUCCUCCUCUUCUUUUCCUUUUACUGCCCCCACAGGUCACAAAUAGAAGUUUGGAUAGCUCACAAAUCUUGCAAGACAGAUUUUUAACGCAGCGAGAAAUAUCAUCGGGUUUAAUCUUGCGAGAUCUCAUGCCACAAAAUAUUGUCACAUCCCUAAUAAAGAAUGAAAAUUCGAAGUGACGCCACUUAAUGCCACAUUUUUAUCUAACCAACAUAACUAAAUGCAAUGUGACAUCUAAACAGAGUGUUGCUGUUUGAAGAAACGGAGCGUUCUAUAUUUCUUUUUGGAUUAAUUAACAUUUCUCACGUCGUCAUUGUAACAUCAUAACUUCCUGCAUUUAUUUUUCUUUUAUAACGACUAACCACUCUAACCUUAGAGAGGUAGUUUUUUUUCAGAGAGCAGCUGAUGAAUGGGCAGAUAAAAACCUACUGCACCUAUUAGAAGGUGGAGCAAACCUCAACUCGCCCAUACUUAUGGGAAUGAUAAUCGCUGAUAAUGCCCCUUCCAUCGCUUGAUGAAUUUCCAAAUGGGUGACAAAAACAAAAAGGCAUCAGUGCACCCUUAAUCACUUUUGGUACUCACGUCAACCUUACAACUACUUAACUUCUGGCCUUUAUUUAACUUUUAAAACUAUAUUUUAUAAUGACUAACCACUCUAACCUUAGAGAAGUAGUUAAGUAGCCUCAUCGUAAUGAAACUGCGGCCUUUUAACGAAACAUAACAGAUUUGUUUCAGCAGAUGGCCACUGAAUGGGCUAAUAGCAACCUACUACACCUACUAGCAGGUGGAGCCCUGACCUUAGAUAAGUUGUUUUAUAGCAUCAUUGUUAUGAAACAGCAGCCUUUCAACUAAUAAACCUCUUAGUUUUCCGUGAGCCGUCAUUGAAUGAGCUGAUAACAACCUACUAAACCUACUAGUAGGCUUAGUAGGUUGUUACGAGUAGGCUUCUACUCAUCUUUUACAAUCAUUAAUGUGUGUAAUAAUGUUCGAAACAGGUUGUUGUGGUUUGACAAAGGCAUCAGUGCAGCUCUAGUCUGAACCACCACCGCUGCCUGCUUUCUUUCUCUCUAACAUUUGCAUCAAACUGACUGUGGGAAGAUGUAUGUACUGAUUUCAUACACUGUUUACAUUGUUUAAAUCUCAUGUAUGUUUGCCACCACCACGCCUUGCUGCAGCCAUCGUGUGAUAUCUUGCUUUUUGCUCCUGAACUGCCUGGAUCUCUAACACCUCAUUAUGUUUACAAUAUUACU